AUGUCCCAAAAGUACGGCGGGAUUUUGACAGUAUGGUUAGGCAUGAAACCGACGAUUGUCAUGAGCAAUCAUGAGCGAGCUUGGGAGGUUCUUGUAAACAAAUCUGCCGACCAUGCGUCGCGGAUGCUCCCUUACAUGUCUAAAUAUAUCACUGCCAACUGGAUGAUGCUUUUCUCAUCAGACCAUGGCCCAUACUGGCAAUCCCUUCAUAAGGGUGUCCAGGGCUUUGCUAUGAAUCCAUCAUCCAUCUCCAGCCAAACUCUCUCUCAAGAAAAAGAAGCCAUUGCCAUGACACAAAAAAUCCAAGAACAAGCUGCUGUCAAUGGCCGAAUCGUCCACCCUAUCGACAACAUUCGACGUAACACAAUACGGGUAGUAGGCCACCUUUGUUUCGGCCCUGAUUUCAACAACGAAGCAUUUGUUGUUGGCAUAGACCCUUUUAUUGAUGAUGUCACUAACAUAUCCGCUCUUGCCCGUUUUGCCGAUGCCUUCCCCUUCAUUCGCUACAUCCCGGGCCUGCGGGGUCCAUUCAGAAAAGCAGCUGAAAUUCGUGAUGGUAUUGUGUCGGUGGUGAAACCAGAAAUCACUCGCUACCAAUCAUCAAAAUCACCAUGCACCACUUGCUACUUGCACUUCCUCCUCUCGAAUGGCUACCCUAUGGAAACUAUCAUCUUUACCCUAUUCGAGAUGUUCAUGCUCUCCAUUGAAAGCACAUCGACUAUGACCGCUUGGGCUCUAGCGUUCCUAUUGGAACGUCCAAACCAAAUGGACGAUUCAGAUGCUCCAACAACCUCUGGAAGUUUUGAUGUAACUCGAGAAAUGAUAGCUGCAAACAAACAAAUUGUUGUGGCACAAGCACUUCCUUCAAAAGUUACAACUCUCCCCACCGAUUCUGAGUGCAUAAUCAUCAUAUCUUUAAGUCCUCUCCUUGUGACCAAUCGAGGAGAAGAUGAACCGCCACUCCUUCACUCUUCGGCCGAGAAAUCACAUUCCCAGCCAAUAGUUCCUCUUUACAAGGAAGAUGUUCCUCCAGCGAUCGACGAAUCUUUAGCCCAUGAAGAAACUAUUGCCAUGGCUGAGGAGGCCAUAAUAGUCGAAGGAGUAGAGUCUGAUUCUCAUCCGUCGCCCACUCCAAUACAAGCAUCGAUGGGCAAGGCUUCGACUCAUGCUACUCCUGGAGAGGGUGGCCUUUCAUAUGAUGAUAUCAUUUCUUCGUUCGAGAAGGCCCUUGGUGGAGUUGUUUCUAUGACGGAGUCACCUUCUCUUUUGAACUGCCUACAGGAUCUCAAGGUAAAGCUUUAA